AUGGUGCAGAGUGCCCUAAACCAGCAGCCUGCAGACCGUCUGGAUGAUAUAGCACCGGUCACAGCGUUCACUGGUUUGCCUGCAACGCCUCCCUUGGUUGGUCUGGCCCACCAGGAUGUUGUCCAGGAUAGUGUCCAGGACGCCCUCGCUGUGAUGCACAAGAAUGUUGCCGAGACAGGUGCGCAGAAGCGUGCAAAGGCCCGAAAGUACCGAUCUGGACGACGCGCUGUCAAGUUCGAGAAGUUUUCACUGGGAGACUUCGCCCUAGUGGCUAGAGCGCUGUAG